AUUCAUAUCCGUGGACCAGACACUGUGAACUUAUCAAGGGAUUUGGGUUGCGGGAUUUAAAUCCUUCUGCUGUCUUCAACUGGUUCUUUGUCUGGUUGCUCUGGUCUCUUUCCAUCUCGCAAUCGAAACCCUAAUUUCCCACUUGCUACCUUUGUUUCAGAAAGCCCUAUUUUUGUUGUGGACUGGCGAGCUUCUGUUCUUCUCCCUGUGCAACUGUCUCUUGGCUCCUUGUGGCAGUGGUGCAGGUGUUGUUGUCAUUGGAAGAAGUAAUCCAGAUCCAAUUCCCAAGAGCUGUCAGAGAAUUCUGCGAGGGUCUAGCAGUCAUAUGAAUUUGGAGAGGGGAAAUUAGAGAAAAGAAAAGCUCUCACCUUGUGUGUAUGUGUUGAUGAAUUUGGAGAGGUUCUGGUUUUAGGGACCUUGGUUAGCCCCUCCUUUCAGCUGUUUCAAUCUCUCCUUUUCCACAAAUUAUAUGCUAGAUAGCUUGAAUAGGGGAAGAUGGUGAUGGAAGAGGCAAACAGCAGCUCCUCGUGGAGCCGGGAGCAGGAAAAGGCAUUUGAGAAUGCUCUGGUGACUCAUCCUGAGGAUUGCAGUGAUCGGUGGGAGAAAAUUGCGGCUGAUGUGCCUGGAAAAACUCUUGAGGAUAUCAAGCACCACUAUGAGCUUUUAGUGGAAGACGUCAAUGCCAUCGAAUCUGGACGAGUUCCUGUACCUUGCUACCCCUCUUCCUCAGAUGGUGGUGACCAGGCCAAUGAAGGCAGCAGCGGAAAAAAGGGCGGACACUCACAUGGUGAUUCUAGUCAUAGUGGUAAGGCAUCAAGGUCUGAUCAAGAGCGUCGUAAAGGAAUAGCAUGGACUGAGGAUGAACACAGAUUGUUUCUUCUUGGACUUGAUAAGUAUGGCAAAGGUGACUGGAGGAGCAUUUCUCGAAACUUUGUAAUAUCAAGGACACCUACGCAGGUGGCAAGCCAUGCACAGAAAUAUUUUAUUCGUUUGAACUCAAUGAACAAAGACAGGAGACGAUCAAGCAUCCAUGAUAUCACCAGUGUUACUAAUGCAGAGAUAUCAGCUCCACAAGGGCCAAUCACUGGGCAAAUAAAUGGGGGAGCGACAACUUCAGGAAAAUCUGCUAAGCAAUCCUCUCAGCCAUCAGGCGGUCCUCCUGGAGUUGGUGUAUAUGGAACCACAAUAGGACAGCCAGUUGGUCCCCUUGUUUCUGCAGUAGGCACGCCUGUUAAUAUGCCUGUUCCUGCUGCACCCCAUAUGGCCUAUGGAGUGGGAGCCCCAGUAGCUGGUGCUGUAGUCCCUGGUGCGCCAAUGAACAUGGCUCCAGUGACCUACCCAAUGCCUCCUACAUCUCACCGAUGAGAUAAGCGGCAGCAAAAGGAUCUCCUAGUGUACAAAGAAGGGAGAGUUGAUCCUACUGUGUUGUUAUUGUCUCCUCUUCCUCGAUGUGGAAUAAGCUGGCUGUUUCAAUCUAUAGUCGAAUUCUGUCAACUUGCUGCAUCAUGUCUAAAUAAGCCAUAGCAACGGUAGUUAAGAUCUGUUCACAUGCAUUAAGUAGUAGUUGUGGUUGUUACAUGAGACGAGAGCAGCUCUUAGGUCAUGAGAGUCCUGUUAUGGUGUGAUGUAUUAAUUCUUCCUACUUGUGUAAGAGUAUAAAUGCAGAACUCUAAAGGCUAUGACGUUAACUAAUAAAUGCAGGAUUCUGAAGCCCAUGGCAUUAAUUAA